AUGAAACGAACAACACCAUUCCGAUCGGAGCAGUCAUCAUCAUCGUCUUCUUCCAACAUGUUACCUCCACCUUCAAAAAAGGUGAAACAUGGCACUCCAUCCUUGUCAUCAUCAUCAUCAACCAAAAUCUCUCAAACCACUCCAUUUCAAUUAAAAACUCAUUUACAAUCCAUGAAGAAAAACUUUGAACAAUUUGUUACCUUGAUGGAAAAGUCAUCCAAUACUUUAAAAAUACAAGACACUUAUUCACAAAUCACUAAUCAAAUGAUUGAAUUGAAAAAUCAACUCUCUGUUCAAACUCAUUUACUACCUUUAUUUGUAGGAACAACAACAACUUCUCAUCAAGAAUCAAGUCAUUCCAUCCUUGCGACUGGAUUGAAUGGACUUGAUUUAUUUAAAACUAUUUUUGAAUUUGAAAAUUAUAUUGAAUCAUUUGAAUCCAAUUCUAAACAAGAACAACAACACACUCUCUCACCAUUCUUUCAUCAAGUCAUUCAAUUAUUUGUUGAAAUUACAUCCAAUGAAGAAGGAUCCUUUGUGGAUGAUCAGGAAUAUCAAUCGUACAUGACAUUUAUGGAUUUAUUAACUCAAAAUGAAGAAUUUAUUACCAUUUUGUGUGAUCAUCUUAUCAAAGUAUUGAAUCAAUGUACACUAUGUCAUGCACAAUGUGAAGAAUGGAUCAAUGAUUGUUUCUCUCUUUUUGAGAAUAUAUUUGAACAUGAUGAACAAGCUAUUAAAUUUAUAUCCAUGAAGAAUAUAGAAUUGUUAUUUAAAUUUAUUAAGAAUGGAAUUCAACAUGUUACUAAUGAUGAAUCCAUCAAUCUAUCAAGUUAUACUCAAUUAUAUUUUUAUGAAAUUCUAUUUCUAUUGGUAUCAAGUCAAACUCAAAUAAUAUUCAAUUAUUUACAACAAGAUCAUUCUCAACCUGCUCGUGAAAUUAUAAAUAUUCUAUUACAAGAAUUAAAUACAUUUAGAACAAGUAAAAUUGAUGACACUCUAGAAAUAGAUGAAAUGGCAGAGAAUUGUUUCAAUAGUUUAGCAAGUCUAUUAACAAUGAGUGAUGAUUUUAAGAAUAUAUUUCAUGAAUGUGAAGGAAUUGAAUUAAUGAUAAAAAUAAUUAAAGAUAAGAAACAAUAUCGAUUAGGAGCAAUGAGAGUGUUGAGUUAUUCCAUGGAGAAUUUAUAUGAAUUGAAUAUUCAACAAUUUGUAGAGAGUGGAGGAUUGAAAACACUUUUUGCAUUAUUUUCUAGACUUGAUUCAAAGAAAAAGCAGACAACGAGUAGUGGUGGUGAGAACUCUGAUGAUGACAACUCAGAUAUGGAAACAUUUAUUAUUAAUAUAUUAAUGAACAUGUUAUUGAAAUUAGUAGAUGAACAUUUGAACUUGGAUUUGAAAGAUCGAAUCAUUUCCAAAUUUGAAGAAAAUGAUUUGGAGAAGUCUAAAAUUCUCUCUUCUCUCAUUUACAAGUAUUACAAGAAGGUUUAUUUAUUUGAUACUUUAAUGGAACAAAAUAUUGAAGAAUUUAUGAUGACUUACUUUAAUGAUUUACUAUUACUACAACAACAACAACAAACAUCGAAUGUACACUCAGAAGAAUUAUUCAAUUCUCUUUCAGAACAAGAUAUUACUGAAAAGAGAUUAUCUAUGGGUGGUCUCUAUACUCUACAGAGAUUGUGUUAUGUAUUGGCACAUGUGUGUGCAUCGAAAAAGAUUUUGAAAUUUAUGAAUGAACACUUGAGUGUGGAAUACAAGAUUCAACUCGAUACUCUUCAGGGAAUUUUGAAAGAUUAUUUACAGCAGGGAGGAGAUUUACUGAAGGAUCAAGAUCAACUGAAGGACCAAGAUCAACAACAACAACAAGAGGAGCAAUAUGGACAAAAUCCUAUACAACAGAUUCCAGCAUCUUCAACAAGUUCUCGACGUCGAAAUUUGGAAUUAAUUCGUCAGUUGGAUGUGUCUUCUGCCCAAGAAGAAGAAUCUCAUAAAAAAAUUGUUGAGGGUUGCUGCAAAGAACAAGAACACUGA